GCCGCGCCCCGCCUGGGCUCCUCCGCUCCCGCCGCCGCCUGGGCCGAUUCCGCGGGCCUCGCCCGGCGCUCCAGCCCGUGCCCGCCCAGCUCCCGGCGCAUGGGCGCGGUCAGCAGGGCGGGCCGGGCGGCGGGGCGCGACACCGGGAGGAAGUGCGGGGCGCCUGCCCCGGCGCGUUAAGGAAGUUGCCGAAAAUGAGGAAGCGCCGCGGGCCCGGCGGCUGAGGCCACCCGGCGGCGGGAGAGCGAGGAGGAGCUGGGGGCCCCGCGCUGAGCCCGCCCUCGCCUCACCUGGCGCAGGUGGACACCUGCCUAGGCGUGUGCCCUCCGGCCUCUGAAGCAUGGCCAGCAGCGGCAUGGCAGACAACGCCAACCACCUGCCCUUCUUUUUCGGCAACAUCACCCGGGAGGAGGCAGAAGAUUAUCUGGUCCAGGGGGGCAUGAGCGAUGGGCUCUAUUUGCUGCGCCAGAGCCGCAACUACCUGGGCGGCUUCGCCCUGUCGGUGGCGCACGGGAGGAAGGCACACCACUACACCAUCGAGCGGGAGCUGAACGGCACCUACGCCAUCGCCGGCGGAAGGACCCACGCCAGCCCCGCCGACCUCUGCCACUACCACUCCCAGGAGUCUGAUGGCCUGGUCUGCCUCCUCAAGAAGCCCUUCAACCGGCCCCAAGGGGUGCAGCCCAAGACUGGGCCCUUUGAGGACUUGAAGGAGAACCUCAUCAGGGAAUACGUGAAGCAGACAUGGAACCUGCAGGGUCAGGCUCUGGAGCAGGCCAUCAUCAGUCAGAAGCCUCAGCUGGAGAAGCUGAUCGCCACCACAGCCCAUGAAAAAAUGCCUUGGUUCCACGGAAAAAUCUCUCGGGAAGAGUCUGAGCAAAUUGUCCUGAUAGGAUCAAAGACAAACGGAAAGUUCCUGAUCCGAGCCAGAGACAACAACGGCUCGUACGCCCUGUGCCUGCUGCACGAAGGGAAGGUGCUGCACUAUCGCAUUGACAAAGACAAGACAGGGAAGCUCUCCAUCCCCGAGGGAAAGAAGUUCGACACGCUCUGGCAGCUAGUCGAGCAUUAUUCUUAUAAAGCAGAUGGUUUGUUAAGAGUUCUUACUGUCCCGUGUCAAAAAAUCGGCACACAGGGAAAUGUUAAUUUUGGAGGUCGUCCACAACUUCCAGGUUCCCAUCCUGCGACUUGGUCAGCGGGUGGAAUAAUCUCAAGAAUCAAAUCAUACUCCUUCCCAAAGCCUGGCCACAGAAAGCCCUCCCCUGCCCAAGGGAACCGGCCAGAGAGUACCGUGUCAUUCAAUCCGUAUGAGCCAGAAGUUGCACCCUGGGCUGCAGAAAAAGGCCCCCAGAGAGAAGCCCUACCCAUGGACACAGAGGUGUAUGAGAGCCCCUAUGCGGACCCUGAGGAGAUCAGGCCCAAGGAGGUUUACCUGGACCGAAAGCUGCUGACGCUGGAAGACAAAGAACUGGGCUCUGGUAAUUUUGGAACUGUGAAAAAGGGCUACUACCAAAUGAAAAAAGUUGUGAAAACAGUGGCUGUGAAAAUUCUGAAAAACGAGGCCAAUGACCCCGCUCUUAAAGAUGAGUUAUUAGCAGAAGCAAAUGUCAUGCAGCAGCUGGACAACCCGUACAUCGUGCGCAUGAUCGGGAUAUGCGAGGCCGAAUCCUGGAUGCUGGUUAUGGAGAUGGCAGAACUUGGUCCCCUCAAUAAGUAUUUGCAGCAGAACAGACAUGUCAAGGAUAAGAACAUCAUAGAACUGGUUCAUCAGGUUUCCAUGGGCAUGAAGUAUCUGGAGGAGUGCAACUUUGUGCACAGAGAUCUGGCCGCAAGAAAUGUGUUGCUAGUUACUCAACAUUAUGCCAAGAUCAGUGAUUUCGGACUUUCCAAAGCACUGCGUGCUGAUGAAAACUACUACAAGGCCCAGACCCAUGGAAAGUGGCCUGUCAAGUGGUACGCUCCGGAAUGCAUCAACUACUACAAGUUCUCCAGCAAAAGCGAUGUCUGGAGCUUUGGAGUGUUGAUGUGGGAAGCAUUCUCCUAUGGUCAGAAGCCGUAUCGAGGGAUGAAAGGAAGUGAAGUCACCGCUAUGUUAGAGAAAGGAGAGCGGAUGGGGUGCCCCGCAGGGUGUCCAAGAGAGAUGUACGAUCUCAUGAACCUGUGCUGGACGUACGAUGUGGAGAACAGGCCCGGAUUCGCAGCAGUGGAACUGCGGCUGCGCAAUUACUACUAUGACGUGGUGAACUAACCGCUCCCGUACCUGUCGGUGGCUGUCUUUGAUCACAGAAGCAAUCACAGGAAAAUGUAUCCAGAGGAAUUGAUUGUCAGCCACCUCCCUCUGCCAGUUGGGAGAGCCAGUCUUGGAUGGAACACGCUCGUGACGUGUCACCCAAAGCCUGUCCCAAGACUCACCCUCCACAAAGCAAAGGCAGUGCUGGGAGAGAAGACGGAUGGCAGGAUCCCAGGGGCUAGAUGGAUUUGUUUGUUUUCUUGUCUGUGUGAUUUUCAUACAGGUUAUUUGUACGAUCUGUUUCCAAAUCCCUUUUGUGUCUUUCCCCUUCUCUGGGUCCUGGAGUGCAUUUGUUACUCAUUGCGCCCAGGGGCAUUGCAGAGUGGCCCAGAGCACUCGCACCCCAAGCGGCCUUUUCUGAAUGCCCAAGGAUGCCUUAGCAUGUGACUCCUGAAGGGAAGGCAAAGGCAGAGGAAUUUGGCUGCUCCUACGGCAUGGCUCUGACAGCCCAUGAGACUGAUCCCUGGUCACUGGAAAGCUUUCAUGACAAUAAAAGUGUUUUGAGGCUUUAAAAAGAAAAUCAAGUUUGACCAGUGCAGUUUCUAAGCAUGUAGCCAGUUAAGGAAAGAAAAAAAAAAAAGCCUGGAUCCUAUUUUACUGUCUCUGUUAUGAGAUGGAAGACUUACCUGUUUGUGAUAAAAGGCGACCGUUUGAAUGAAUUGGCCUGGCUUACUUUCCCCCCGAAAUCCUGUCUCCUGCAGACUGUCUUGAAGACCUGGUGACUAGUAAAUAAAGCCCUGCAUGGAGGCUGCAGAGCAGGGGCAAGAGGCCCAUCCCCUGGCGUCUCACCGGGGACAGCUUCGGGAUGCCUUCCCCUGAACGUGGUCCACACCUUCCUCUCCUCCACAGAGAAGGUGCUGCCAGAACCCCCUGUUGCUUUCUGUGUCUAUAAUGGGGGGCAGUACAGGGAUCAAAGCCACCUAAAGAGUUUCCAAAGGAAGUGUUAAUUCAUAACAAGCCAAAGACCCUGAGCCUCACCACAAAUAGGCCUUUUGGAAUGUGAGUUUGAGGUGAAGAUACAAGACUGGAGAAUUAUUUUCUGGUCUUAACUAAUCCUUGACUUAUGAAAGGAGUGGUUGGAUGUGCCAGGUUUGGUAAAGUGGUGACCGCAUCUGAGAAAGAGGCUGUGAGGCUGAACUCCUGGUGGCUUCCUCCUGUGACUUCCAGAGCGAGUCUUCCACACAGGCCCCAUGCUCAUGGGGAUAUGGUAGCGCCUAUGUGGGAAGUGUGUGCAGUUUUCUAUCUUCUUUCUGUGUGAUUUUUGGCCUCUUUCUCAGCACUUCUCCCUCCCAGGAGCCUCGGGAUGCCAAACUUCCAGAAUGUGAUGGGGCAAGAGGUGGGCAGGGGCCUCACCUCCCUGCAGAGGUCCAGCCGGGUCUCCUUGUCCCUGGACAAUCUCCUGAGCCUGUCCGCUUGGUGAAGCAGGCACCUGUGUACCGAAUUCCCACUGUGGCCAGCACGAGGAAGUCUUUUCUAGUGAAAAUGUGUCCUGUGGUCAGGAAUAAUUACCCUUUCCCCUGCAGCCACUAAGAAGGGCAAAUAGAGAAAGGCAACUGAAUUGAAGGAUGGGUCAUGUGAAAAGGGCUACAUUUGGGAAGCUGGGAAAGGCCUCCAGGCUUCUAGAGCUUCUAGAGCAGCUAGCUGGGGCUGGAUUCUCAUACCCAGGCUGCCCCUUGGAUUGUUCUACCCAAGCCUUUCCCCGGGGUCUGGGCUCACUCCAUAAGGUAAGGUGCCUUUCACCUUAUGGUCCUUCUUUAGCAGGGAACAAAGAAGCAUCAUGGACAGACUGGCCUAGAGGCAUCACAUUGGCUGCUGGGGCCGUGAGUAUCUUGUCCCCCAGCAAGGCUGAGUGUUUCUGUCACAGAAAACAGUGCGUUCAGUGGUGAAAAUCGUUGCAUGCGUGUUUUCAUCUGAGCAUGUCCUUCUCCCAUACUGCCUAUCACCCAGCCCUGCCUGUAGUUGCUGGAUGGUGAUUGCCCUUGGACAUCAGUCCAAUGACUGCAAGUUGGCCUGGAUUUCCACUUGCAGAGGCAACAGCUGCAUUGUCAGGCCUCCCAGCCCUGCAAAGAGCUCCCUCCACUGGUUAGCAGUGUGUCAUGUUUUCCAUUCAUUUCAGAAGAGCUACAUUGUGUCACUGGACAUUUUUAAAAACUGUGAUUUUUAAUAAAAACUUAAAUUU